AUGUCAAAGGGCACAGAAUCCUUUGCGCUCAACCCCUUACCUCCCAACAGCCACACCAUCGCCCUCAACAGGGACGGAUCACGCUCAGCCUCAUCCUCAUCCACCAUUGCAACAGGAACCAACAACAAUAGAACAAGUCCUCGUCCACGCUCACCUCCCUCUUCCUCUUCCGCAACAACAACAACCCCGCAACAGCACUCGUAUUACCCUAAGCAACUCGCUUUUGCAUCGCCCGCCUCUUCGCAGCAACAACAACAACAACACGACUCGGACGGCUCACCUGGAACCUUUGGCCAAGGUUUCUCUCCUUCCUCUCCUUCUUCCUCUUCCACUUCCGCCCCUCUUUACCAACAACAACAACAACAACAACAAUCACCUGCAGCGGGCUCAUCAGGCAUGGCACUUGGACUCAGCGGAAGCAGCAGUAACAGCAGGCAGCAUUCCAAGUAUCGUUACUCGGACGACGAGGACGAGGACGAGGAACCCUUGUUGCUUCAUAGCAGCACUUCUUUUGCGGGCAGUUCGAGUUCUGGAGCCACUCGUGGAAACAGCAACAACAAUAAUGGUGCAGCACAGGGCAAAGGACCCAGCAGACAAAGGUUAUCGGCCAUCAUGGACGAACUCAAACCCUCCAAAGACUCCAAGGCAGCAAAAUCACGGACGAUCGACUUUCACGCAUCAGCCAAGGAAAAGAAAAGAUACCCUCCCAAUGUCACCCGCAACACCAAAUACAACAUCUUCAGCUUCUUGCCCGUGGUUCUCUGGGAACAGUUCAAGUUUUUUUUGAACUUGUACUUCCUCUUGGUCGCCUUGUCUCAGUUCGUGCCAGCCUUGAAGAUCGGUUACAUCGUGACCUAUGUGGCACCAUUGUGCUUUGUCCUGGCAGUGACGAUAGGCAAGGAGGCCAUCGAUGACAUGAAGCGGUAUCGCAGGGAUCAGGAAGCCAACUCUCAACGCUACCAGAUACUCACCCCUUCAGGAUUGAAGAUGGUCCCGUCGUCAAAGAUCCGCGUUGGAGACAUGAUUGUGGUCAAGAAGAACCAGAACGUGCCCGCCGACAUGGUUCUUUUGAGGACAACCGAGGAGUCUGGCGCUUGCUUUAUCAGGACAGAUCAACUCGACGGAGAGACUGACUGGAAAUUGCGACUCGCAGUGCCAUCCUGUCAAGCUUUACCUAGUGACGAGGCUUUGCUCGAACUCAACGCAUCCAUCUAUGCCGAUUCGCCUCACAAAGACAUUCACAGCUUUAUCGGAAACUUUACUCGGGAAGGCGAUGGUCCUGGCCAACACAUGGAAUCGUUGAGCGUAGACAACACGUUAUGGACCAACACUGUUGUGGCUUCUGGAAAUGCGAUCGGAUUUGUUAUCUACACUGGCAGGGACACCCGCGCUGUUAUGAACACCAACCACCCCAAGACAAAAAUUGGACUCUUGGACAAUGAAGUCAACCGUCUCUCCAAGAUUCUUUGUGCAUUCACGCUUACGUUGUCGCUAGCGAUGAUUGCUCUCAAUGGAUUUGAGGGGCUAUGGUACAUCUACCUGUUCCGUUUCUUGAUUCUGUUUUCAUCCAUUAUCCCAAUCUCGCUUCGUGUCAACUUGGAUAUGGGCAAGACCGUUUAUGGAUGGCAAAUCAUGAACGACAAGGAGAUUCCCGGAACCAUUGUCCGCACUAGCACCAUCCCCGAGGAACUUGGCCGCAUUGAGUACCUUUUGUCUGACAAGACUGGAACCUUGACAAAGAACGAUAUGGAACUAAAAAAGUUGCAUAUGGGAACUAUGUCGUACAGUGUUGAUACCAUGGACGAGAUUUCUACUCACCUUGAUACUGCCUACUCUCAGCAAUCGAGCGGAUAUAACAGGACGCGUGGAAUCUCAACGGCGCCGACACACAUUGGAGGCAGCAAGGCUCGCCGCGAUAUCUCGUCGCGAGUUCGGGAUAUUGUUCAGGCAUUGGCAGUCUGCCACAACGUUACACCUGUGACAGAGGACAACGGCAGUAUCACAUACCAAGCUUCAUCUCCCGAUGAGGUUGCCAUUGUGCGCUGGACCGAGAGCGUCGGACUGACCCUUGUGUUCAGAGACAUAAGCAACAUCCAUGUGCGCAAUGCCGGCGGCGAGAUUUUCGAGUUUGAGGUGCUCCAGGUCUUUCCCUUCACCAGUGAGACCAAGCGCAUGGGAAUCAUUGUCCGCGAUCUGACAACGGGCGAGAUUAUGUUCUACGAGAAGGGAGCCGAUGUUGUGAUGGCCAAGAUUGUUCAGUACAACGACUGGCUGGAGGAGGAAUGCGGCAACAUGGCUCGUGAGGGUCUAAGAACGCUGGUGGUCGCCCGCAAGAGACUGUCUGAGGAGAUUUACCAGGAGUUCGAGGCCAGGUAUCAUGUCGCCAAGACCAACAUCACCGACCGUACCAAUUCUAUGAAUGCCGUUGUCAAUCAGGUGCUGGAACAGGAUCUAGAAUUGUUAGGACUGACCGGUGUCGAGGAUAAACUGCAGGAUGGCGUCAAGACGACACUUGAGCUGCUGAGGAACGCUGGUCUGAAGAUUUGGAUGUUGACAGGAGACAAGAUCGAGACCGCCACCUGUAUCGCCAUCUCGUCGAAACUCGUCGCUCGCAACCAGAGCAUCCAUCAAAUCGCCAAACUGACGAAUGCGCUGGAUGCUCAGGAUGAACUGGACUUGUUGAGGGGAAAGAAGGAUUGCUGCUUGGUCAUUGACGGAGAAUCGAUUCAACUUUGUCUGGACUACCUGCGCGAGGAGUUCAUCGAGAUCACCGUCCGAUUACCUGUUGUUGUCUGCUGCCGUUGUUCGCCCACUCAAAAGGCCGAUAUUGCUCGUCUCAUCAAGCAGUACACCAAGAAGAGGAUCUGCUGUAUCGGUGACGGUGGUAACGACGUGUCGAUGAUCCAGCAGGCGGAUGUCGGUGUCGGUAUUGUCGGCAAGGAGGGCAAACAGGCGUCGUUGGCAGCGGAUUUCUCGGUAAAUCAGUUUUCGUACCUGACAAAGCUGCUGUUGUGGCAUGGACGCAACUCGUACAAGCGAUCGGCCAAGCUGUCACAGUUUGUUAUCCAUCGUGGAUUGAUCAUCUCGAUCAUGCAGGCGGUCUUUUCGGCUAUGUUCUACUUUGCGCCCAUUGCACUGUACCAGGGCAUGCUGAUUGUUGGAUAUACUACCAUUUACACCAACGCACCUGUGUUCUCGCUGGUGCUGGAUCAAGAUGUUCCCGAGGACAUUGCGUUGCUGUACCCUGAGCUCUACCGCGACCUCACCAAGGGACGCUCUCUCUCCUACAAGACCUUCUUCAGCUGGCUCCUCAUCAGUGUCUACCAAGGUGGUGCGAUUAUGAUUUUGUCAAUUUGGCUGUUUGAGAACCAGUUUGUGAACAUCGUGUCGAUCUCAUUCACAGCACUGGUGUUGAACGAGUUGUUGAUGGUCGCUCUGGAAAUUAACACCUGGCACCGAUUCAUGAUCCUGUCCGAGAUUGCGACUCUCAUCAUCUAUGUCGGCUCCAUGGUCUUCCUCCCCACUUACUUUGAUAUGAACUUCAUUUUGACAAAGACGUUUUUGUGGAAGGUGGCUGUGAUCACGAUGGUGAGCAGUUUCCCGCUGUAUGUGAUCAAGAUGCUCCGGAGAAAGUUUGCACCACCCAGUUACUCCAAGCUCACAGGAUAG